GUGUAUUACCAAGUUCUACGUUGUCUUAGUCAGAGUAAGCUGCCAUUUUUGAUUGACUAGUCCAUUUAGAAACUAUAUAAAUAGAUGCACAACGUAUAUAAUUACCUAGACAGAAACCUUAGCAAAAAAAGAACAAAUAUUUCUCUCUUGCUUAUUCAAGCUCAUCCACCAUGGUUGAGCAAUAUUUUAAAUUUGUAAAGUUUGUGGUAUUUCUAUGCUUGUUAUCUCUGGCUAGUAAUAUUUCAGUUGAAGCUCGAGUUCGUUACCAUAAAUGGGAGGUUAAAUAUGAAUAUAAAUCCCCAGAUUGUUUCAAGAAACUUUCAAUUAGCAUCAAUGGUAAAACUCCAGGACCUACUAUUGUUGCUCAACAAGGUGACACUAUUGUUGUUCAAGUCAAAAAUAGCUUGUUAACUGAAAAUCUUGCUAUCCAUUGGCAUGGAAUCAGACAGAUCGGAACACCAUGGGCUGAUGGAACAGAAGGAGUGACACAAUGUCCCAUUGUGCCAGGGGAUACUUUUGUGUACAAAUUUGUUGUUGAUAGGCCUGGAACAUAUUUGUACCAUGCUCAUUAUGGUAUGCAAAGGCAAGCAGGACUACAAGGAAUGAUCAGAGUAUUAGUCCCUGAUGGAGUUGUUGAGCCAUUUUCAUAUGACCAUGAUAGGAGUAUUCUUCUCACUGAUUGGUACCACAAAAGCACUUAUGAACAAGCAACUGGUCUUGCUUCAUUGCCCUUUGAAUGGGUUGGAGAACCUCAGUCAAUCUUGAUUCAUGGAAGAGGAAGGUUCAAUUGUUCUACUCCAAGCAUAGAUCCUAAACUUUGUAAUGCUACAAAUCCUCAAUGUACACCUUAUUCAAUGACUGUUGUUCCUGGCAAGACUUAUAGGCUUAGAAUUGGCAGCUUGACUGCUCUUUCUGCUCUAAGUUUUGAAAUUGAGGGGCAUAACAUGACAGUUGUUGAGGCAGAUGGUCACUAUGUGGAGCCAUUUGUGGUACAAAAUCUAUUCAUUUAUUCUGGAGAAACAUACUCGGUCCUAAUUAAAGCUGAUCAAGACCCUACAAGAAAUUAUUGGGCUAGUACAAAAGUUGUCAGCAGGAAUAACACUACUCCAAAUGGUUUGGGCAUUUUCAAUUACUACCCAAAUCAUCCUAGGAGAUAUCCUCCUACUAUACCACCCCCGGGGCCUCGUUGGGACGACGUUGCCCCCAGGAUGGCUCAGAGUGUUGCUAUCAAGUCACACAAAGAUUUCAUCCAUGCCCCUCCUCAGACAUCGGACAGGGUCAUCGUCAUGCUCAACACACAAAACAGGGUGAAUGGGUUUGUGCGUUGGUCAGUUAAUAAUGUCUCGUUCAACAUGCCCCAUACGCCUUACCUGAUCGCCCUUAAGCACAACUUAUUACAUACUUUCGAGCAAACUCCUCCUCCGGACAACUAUGACCACAAGAGUUAUGACAUCUUCAAUAUCGCGCCAAAUGUAAAUGCCACAACUAGCAACUCGAUUUAUCGAUUGAAGUUCAACACAACAGUGGACAUCAUAUUGCAAAAUGCCAACACAAUGAAUCCCAACAACAGUGAGACACAUCCUUGGCAUUUACAUGGACAUGACUUUUGGGUCAUGGGCUAUGGUAAUGGCAAGUUCAACCAAUCUAUUGACCCAAGGAAUUACAACUUUGUGAACCCAAUAAUGAAAAACACAAUCCCAGUCCAUCCUUAUGGAUGGACCGCAUUGCGGUUUCGGGCUGAUAAUCCAGGAGUUUGGGCCUUCCAUUGCCAUAUUGAGUCACAUUUCUUCAUGGGAAUGGGAGUUGCCUUUGAAGAAGGAAUUGAGAAAGUUGGCAAACUGCCUACUUCUAUCAUGGGCUGUGGGGAAAGCAAAAGGUUCCACAGGCCUUAAAUUCUUUAACAUUCUCCAAAACAGAUUACUUUAUAUUGAUAUUGUUUGGAUUCUUUUGAUAGUUGCCAAAAAUCAAAGCUCAUUUGUAACUUGUAAACAAAAUUCAUGUCUUAUAGUUAAAUGUCUUCCCCCUUUUUUAAAAAAAAACCUCUACACUGUAAAAAACAAUACAGCGCAUGAAUAGGGGCGCAUAUUGGUUGGCUCGAUUCGAUUUUAUAUAUUAUCAAUUUGUUUAUCAGUUUUCGAUGUUUAAAUACACUAAUAAAUCAAUAAUUUUUUUUAUU